GAAAGUGGCGAUAGAUUUAAUAUGUCGUUAUCGACCUUUAGUUCAGUUCAACGACGAGUGAUGUCAUUUUUAUUGGAUCUACUACCAACAGUCAUUCGUUUUCCAAAAACAGAUCUGGAGAAAGAAAGAGUAGCUGCAGAAUUUGAGCAGAUAUCUGGAUUUCCCAAUAUUUUAGGCUGCGUGGAUGGUUCCUAUAUAAAUAUUAGGACGCCUGCACAUAAGAUAAAGUCGACAUAUACAAAUCGUCACGACAUUCCUAGCAUCACACUGCAGGGAAUCUGUGAUGCUAAAAAAAAAUUUUUAGAUGUAUUUACAGGACCUGCCGGAAAGCUGCAUGACAGCAGAGUUUUCAAAUUAUCUUUCAUUAGUAGCGAAAUUCAAACACUAUCUAACAAUGGCCAUUACCAUUUAAUUGGAGAUAGUGCGUACCCAAUUAGGCAGUGGUUACUUACACCGUACAGAGAUUACGGAAAUUUAACUCGGCAGCAAAUAAAGUAUAAUAAAAAAUUAAGUUCAUCAAGAGUUAAAAUUGAGAAUGCGUUUGGGCUUUUAAAAGGGCGCUUUAGACAACUUGGCAGGUUAGAUUUUCAUAAGGUAGUAAAAAUGGCACAAUUUAUCCUAUGUUGUUGUGUACUGCAUAAUAUUUGCAUCGAUUAUGAUGAUAUUUGUGAAGAUAUCGUCAACGCAAAUGAGGAAGAUAAUGCUAUUGGUCCAGAUCGUGAACACGAAAUGCGUAGAUUAGGUGAACUGAAAAGACAGUAUAUUUGUGACCUAUUAAACCACGAAUAAAGUGUACCAGUUUAUUUGGAAAAGGUAUA